AUGUCGUUCAACUCGUUUUUUAGUGAGGCAGCUGAGUGUAUAGCUGAGUUGAUUCCCGUGGAAAACGCUGAUUUGGACUUCAACAACAUGAUCGCAACUGGUGAAGAUGAUGACGAAUCCACAGCAAGUGUUGCGAUGUCUCCAAAAGCAUCUACAGCCUACAACAAACUUAAUCGUUUUAACGAGGAUCCCGAGUUUCGACAACUGCGACUUUCGAAGUGCAGUACCCACCACACUUUGAAUCAUGACGAGGAAAACAUGCCCCACUCUCGUAAAGGCUUCAAGACCAGAUAUUUCUGUACUAUUUGCAACGUGCCACUGUGCAAGGCUUCGCGAUGGGAAGACGGAAAAUCGUGA